CGUCAAAGCACAGAGCGAGACACCAUUGACAGUUUUGUGUCAAAACUCAACACCAAGCCACAAACAACUAGACGCACAAUUGGCUUAGCUCGACUGAACUAAUCCCGUCCCUUAAAACGAUGGUCUCUUUUAGAGUUCAGUGAGUCGGCCGUCUUCAAUGCAUGGUAACAUGAGUAUCUCAAAGCAUCACGGGUACAGUUGUCAGUGUAUCAGCAAUGACACCUCAUGAUUACUUGCAUGUUUCCCCUAACCUCUUCUCCACUGUUGGGGAGACAAGACGGAGCUCCAUCUUGAUCCACCAUCACCGACAAAAAUAGCUAGUAAACUUGGUAUGGACUUAGAGCGUCAACUAACUCGCUACUCUUUUGACACCCUGAUUCAAGGUCAGAGGCCCUCUUCCUCAAAGCCGACAUCAGCCAAGGCACUGCAAAUAGCCUGGCCUGCACCGUGCCGCCGCGGCCGUGAUUCCUGCCGCCCAGCCGCCGUUGUCCAUCCUCCGACAAUCCCUGUCAUGGAAUAAUCUUUUUUUCCCCAUCUCAUCUUUGCCAAAAAUCCCCCUCUCAUUGAGCCUUUGCUCUGCUUUGCUAUUUAGUGCUCAAGGGUGUUGUACGAGUGGUAUGUAGUACAUGCAUUUUGUAUGUACUAUGCAGUGUGCCAGAGAGUUCCUCUGAAGUACACACCUGUUGGUGGUGUAGAGGGCAUUGAUGCUACACGCCCCUGGACCCCCUUAGAGAAACACCCCGUCUUGUAGGCUCGUUCGCUCUGUUUACCCUUCUCCUCUCUCUGCCACUCUCUGCAGCGACCUUGCUUUACCUUGACCAUGACCUUGAACCAUGCAAUGCCAAUAUGCAUUGCAUCUGCAUCUGCAUCUCUCUGCUAUUACUACUGUGCUGCAAUAAAAUCUCUCGCCAUCCCCAUCCCGCCUUUUCGCUCGCAUGGCAUCCUUACCCAUACCACCCAUGUUCAUGCUUGUUCUGCUCCCCUCCCUCUGACACCAACCCUCUCUCCAUCUUAUUCUCUUUUUCGUCUAUUGGGCUACGUACAGGCUUAGGUUAUCACUCUGCAUCUCUAAUUGCCUGCCUCUCCCUUCGUCCUCUUUCUUUCUUUCUCUCUUCUACACCAUCCCAUUCAACCUCCUCCUCUCUUCCCACUGCAGCCGAUCUCUCGUCGAAUCUCGGCUCCUUGGCUCCUCUUCUCAUUCUGACCCUUCACCUUUACCGCUUCAGGGUUUAAAUCGUUCCAACUCCCGCGCCCUAAGCAGCAAACUCUCAGCCAGCUUCAGCCCUUAACCGCCCUGAGCCAAGCUCAAAACUACCCCGUCAUUAGUGGACUGUGGCUUGCCCUCGCCCGUCCAGAGACCAUUCAGCCAAUCCGAGGAGCUUAGAAGGCCACUGGAAGUGCAAGAUCGGAUAAGACUAAGACCCUAGACAGGGCUGUUCGGAUCGGGUCCAUACAUCCUGGGAGUCGUUACUUGGACUCUCUAAAACGCUUCAAUUCCCGUCUUCCGCGCUCUCUAGCUUCCAUCUCUCCCCGCCGCACUCCCACUACCCACCCGGCCACUUCUUCCCUAGAAGGCCUGAGCCUCCGUCCGACCUGCCGAGUCCCUUGCCCUGUUGAGACAAGACGACACGAGACGAGACGUAAGCGAUCAACUGAGGAACCGCUCACAGUGGACUUUUCGCAGUUGCAAACCUUUCUUUCACCUCCGUCCUCAUCUCUUCUCCGAGUCCUCAGCUGUUGGUUCUACCUAUUCUCUUCACAACCAAUAUUCAAGCAUCGCGCCAGGUUCGUUCCAUCUUAGUGGACCCAUCAAGUGUCAGACCAGGCCUGAACCAAACCAAGUCCAACUCGAAUCAUUUCGUUUCAACCAACCAGCCUUGGCUCUUUAAUCUUAAACACCUACGACAUCCUCUAUUCUCCUGCAACUUUGGCAUUUGUCUUGAAGCUCUUUGACCUUGUGCCCAAUCCAUAUCAAAUUGCAUUAACGCAUUUGUACACCUUUCUACCCUUUCUUGUCCAGAGAGAACCUUUGUAUCAUCUAACGACGCCUACGACGAUUACGACCAUCACGAGACAAAAGAGGGCUGAUACGAGUCUCACCCAAGAAACGAUCCAAUUUCUAUGCCUCUGUCCUACCUGAGUGCUAUGGUGCUUGCUUUACCAAUUAUUUCUCACUGAUUCUAUUUGAUACCCACGAAUUGGACUUUGAUCCAUCCGAGACACGAAACGCUGCCGAUCACCCUACCUUUAUUUGCCACCAGGUCCCCGAUCAAGUCAAAUCACCCAACUUGCCUCAUUCGCCGUAGGUCUGCAAACACGCAGCUACCAGCUCUAGCAUAUAUUGUAAUUCCUCAAUCCGACAGCUAGGGAGUCGGGUGAACAUCACCUGGCCCCUAUACCUUCAGCCAACACGGCUCCACCGCUAGAAACAGACUUCCGCGACAUGGCUAUGGAUGCGCUUAAGAAUCUUGUCAAUAACGUUCCGGACUGGUUACAGCGACUUGACGACCUCAGUGGCCAGAUCGACCGACGCCAGGCCGAGCUGGCCGCUGUUGCUGCCGCGGAGGGCAAAAGUGCGGAGACAAAGUCGCUUCGCAACAAAGGCUCAACCGAGUCACUCAAGCCUAAAGAUGAUCCUCCAGUAGUUCACGCCGAGGCCCCAGCGAAUAAGGACAUCCUCGAAGAUGGCGUAGGUGACAACACAGCACAGACACCAGUCAAGCCCGAGACACCCAAGGUGCAUACCCCAAGCCCUGGUUCCAUUCGUCAGCAACAAGAGAUCAUCAAAGCCGCACAAGCCAGAGCACGAGCUCAGGUUAGGAAGAAGCCUAAGUCGCCAUCUAUGAUGUCCAACGAAGACGCCCCUACCGCUUAUCGAACACGGAGCAUGAUCAUUGUUUACUAUGAUAGCUAUGUUCAGAGCUUCUUUGACGAUCUUGUGAGGUUUGUCUCGUCAAGUCGGAACCUGAUGCGCAAAGCCAAGAUGGCCGCAAGAGUUGCCCAGAUCAAGAAACUUGCGGAGCAAGACGUAUCAGAGGAUGGAAGUAAUGACGACGCUCUCCCUUCACUACGAUACAUGAGCAGCAGGCGAUUCGGCCCUAUGUCAAUAUCUCGACCCGGUGCUGGCGACCAACCACCAGACGUAUACGAUAAGCUGGAUAAGGGCCUCGAAUUUGUGCAGAGCAUGUGUGAGCACGGUGCUCAUCAGUUCCUUCGCGAUGGCGACUGCAACGACGAGAUCAGCAAAGUACAGAAACGACUGACUGAGGUUCUCGAGAUGGCCAAGACGGAAAUGGAGCGCGUAGAGCGCGAAGAGCCUGAACUAGCAAAGGAAACAGGCGAGAUGGGCAAAGUCCGGACACGGCGGCCCAUAAGUAUGCGUCGCGACAUGGCCGUUGGCUUGAAGGAGAGCAGCCCGACACCUACUAAGGAGGAGAACAAGUUGGAGCCCGCAAAGCUCGAGGCUGCCGAACCUAUUAUCCCAGCAGAUCCCAUGGCACCUAUGGCUGUGGAUCCAAAUAUUAUGGAAGCCGACGAAGGCAUCGAUGUCGAUAUGGAACUUCCCAAACUGCAAUAUCGAUCAACCCGGGCGAUGCGCAGUCGUGGACCAUAGCGUGGUCACGAGUCGUGUGCCUGGGCCGUCAUUCUUGAAACACCAUGACGAGAAGCUCAAUUGUUUAAGGUACUUUGCUUCCAGCAUCGCUCAUGUUACUACUCAUUGAGAUCAUCAUUGGCGUCACGGACUGGGGAAGAAGAAAACUUCAAAAAAGGGAGAAAACUCACUGGAAUUUGUUUUGGUUACUCUCAUCUGCUGGAAAACGGAGGACCGUCUUCCACCUUUCAUUUUAUACUUAUCACGAAGCGUGAGCAUUGCGUCCGUAUGGAUUGGCUUUGUAUCGUACCUAUACUAGUUGUUGAUUGUCACUUUGGAGCUUAUCUUAUGUCAAAAGAAAGACCAUUCAUAGCGUCGGGGUUGCUGCAUGCUCUAAAGAUUUUAAGGGACUUGACUGUAUUUCCGAUUACUCUUUUCUCGUUUCAUAGUUCUAUCUAGGUUUAUGGCCAUGAACAAUGGGAAUCUCGAAAAUGACGUUAUACAACUCGCGUUUCCCUCGUUCUCGUAAGAAACCAAAGAUAGGUACCUUAGAUUGGAACUCGACUUUCAUUCAAAGGAUAUCUCAGCUUCUCGCAUAAACAGCCCAGAUCUCAAUCUUUUACGAAGUUCAUAAGUUUAGGCAAACUUUAGUGUAGGUCUUAGGUUUACUGAGUUGGCGAAACCUUUAUCUUUCAUUCGCCCUUUCCAGCGAGUGAAUGAAGUUCAAGAAACAUCUCUUGGGACCCUUUAAGUAAACAGGAAGCUGUUAGAAACCCGGUAUUCGAGCCCGAAAGGCUUCAUGAAGGUCUCUACUACGAACGGACGAAAUAUGUUCCCAAAGGACCUAACUUGAUCGGGGGAAAGGUUGAGAAUAUACUCUCGCGUUGCAGGCUGAUAUGCCUGGUGAGGGUUCCUUGGCAUCAUCAGCAAGCUCAUGGGUUAGCCACUGUGGCCACGGGAUUCCAAGAAACGAGCAUUCAGCUCUUCUGCGCUGUGCGGUUUACCCCCUAAGACCGAAGUAGGUCCACAGGCGUCGCUGUAUAAAUUGUACUUCGGCUGAUUCAUUCUUCCAUGGAUUGUGAAGUCUGGUUUAUAGAUCGUGAAUUAUGUUUUAGGUAGACUUGGUGCAACUUGUGACAAGAGUAUGACUGCCUUUGCCCCUACCUUGGAAGCAAGCGUAUUACCAAACAAAUCCAAUUGAAUGAUAAAUUACUGCG